AGGGCUAAUACUGACAUUAAUAAAGUACGGUCCCACCGACUAGCACGUGUUGAAAAGGCAAAAUAAGCAAAAGUACCUUGUGUUUUUGUGUAUUUCAAUAAAAUGGUUAAAGUAAAACUGGAACACUCAGAAGAAGCGGAUGUUUCAAUUAAAGUCAGCGAUAAUGUGACCAUUAAGGAGGAAGAGACCUAUGACGACAAAUUGUUGUUUAUAAAUGCUAUAGCGAAACCAAUGGCAGGCAAGAAGCUAGCUAAAAAAUGUUACAAAUUGGUAAAGAAAGCUAUGAAGCAUAAAACCUAUUUGAGAAAUGGACUGAAAGAUGUGCAAACACGUUUGCGAAAAGGUGAAACAGGCAUUUGCAUUUUCGCCGGGGACGUGACGCCUGUUGACAUUAUGUGCCACCUGCCUGCCGUUUGUGAGGAGAAGGGUAUUCCUUAUACAUAUACCCCCAGUCGUGCAGACCUAGGCGCUGCGAUGGGCGUAAAGAGGGGCACCGUGGCUCUGCUUGUGCGACAAAACGAAGAAUAUAAAGAUCUAUACGAUGAAGUUAAAGAAGAAUUGUCUAACUUAAAUGUUCCCAUUUGAAUUUCUAAUUUCAUAAUUUUUUUAAGAACUUUAUUAAUAAGUGACAAACAUUAAAACAUACAAACACAAUAGCAAUUUAAAGAAAAAAUAAAUGAACCCAAA